AUGGACUAUAGUAAACGUCCAUCGACUAGCUCAGGCGCAUUCCGUUCGUCGCCGGGCACCAGUGAGCCGGCCCCCGCGCCCCCGCCACCCCUAUUUCUGCCCCCGCACUUGUCCCAUCUAUCGCAGCACCUUAACCAUCUAUCACAGCCAUUUUUCCCACUAAAAGGCUGGGGAGCUCCCUGUCCCUGCUGUCCGAAAGAAGAAGCCCGUUCGUCGAGCGUGGCAGAACUGCGUCGCAAAGCUCACGAACAUUCCGCCGCUCUUCUGCACUCACUAGCGAGCUUUCAGUCGCGGGCACUGCUCCCUCUGCCGUUGCAUCUGCCCCCACUACCGCUCUCUCUACUGCCGCACGAUUCACAACCUACCCCCGCGCCGCCAGACCCGCCUAAGCAUCUCGAAUAAAGACAAUUAAUUAAAAAAAAAACUAAUAAACAAUUGUCAUUGCGUUUGCAAAACCCGCUAUGUGAAAAAAAAAAUAACUUAUAAAGAACAACAAAAGCUGUUUCAUAGU